CCUCAUCUUCCCCCUCGGCGGCUUACCGUUGCUUUUCGGAUGGGAAAGGGGUAGCGAUUUGGUCAAAUAUCGCAGAGCAACAGUCGAGAGAAAGAAGAGCCAGGACCGGCUUUCGAUUCGGGUUAGGAAUCAAGGGGGAGCUAGCUGCAGCUGCGUUAGAUCGGAUUUGACAGCGCUAGGCUGGGCUAGGUUUGAGACUUCUACCGCCGCCUCGAUUCCCAUUCCCAUUCCCAUUCCUCCUUUCUCACGUGGCGCGCGCGUUUCUCCUCUCCGCCUUUCUUUGUUGUUUGCCUUAGCCCCGAAGACGACCAACCUCGCGCUCGCAUACCAGACAUUGAUGUUGACCAUGAAUACUCGAAAUGCGCCGCUCUCACCUGUCUCUGUAGGCGCUGGCAGCGAGUGGUCCGGAAUGUCCAAGUACCAAAACGUCGACAGCGACGGACCCUAUCCCAACAAUCGAGGCCCCGUCUCCCCCCCAGACUCGAACGGUUCCAGCGGGAACAUGAACGGAUUCCCUCCCGGCCCGAGGAGCGUCGGCGGCCCGUCGCCGCCGCCUUCUGUCGGACGUUCUAGCGCCUACGCGGGAAGCGAGAGCGGGAGAAGCCUCCGCGAAGAAGGCACCGAAGCGAUCUUGGGAGAGCAUUACGUCGCCCUCAAGCGAUACUUAUCUUCGACUUCCAAGGAUGGCAGGGCGAACCCGCCCCCUAACAAGGCGAGGGACAAGCUGUUGCGCCUGUCGUCGGUUCAGUUUCUGGAGUUGUCGACCGACGUCUUCGACGAAUUGAUGCGGCGUCAAGCCUAUAGUCGGAGGCCGCCCAACGCACCUCCCAACGUCGGUCCGCCGACUUACCUAUUGCCCGAAGACACGUUCCACCCGAAGCGUAACCAAGCACGUCAGAAACUUUCGACCCUCGGCUCGCCUAGGUUUAGAGACCUCGCGACGGACGUGUUCUGCGAAUUGGAAAGGCGCAUACCUAAGUUCAUAGCCGGAGAUAUUCCUCGGAUGAGCACCCCGGGGAUGCCUUCGAGCCGAGCGGGCACGCCGAUGGGUAUGCGAGGGCCGAACGGUAUGAGGCGACCGUCGGACGCGAGCUCUAUCCGCUCGGCGGCUCCGAGGGUUGUCGGCGACUAUCCCGUGCCUCCGUCGCCCGGUCUUCCCAACGGCAACUAUGACCGGCCUCUGGCGAAGCAGUUCCAGAGCAAUACGAUAGUACCUAACAAGAGUACGAUGGUCGAAGAAGACGACGACCUGAAUGGGUCGAACGACGAGAGCGAUUUUAGGUCACGCAACCGAGAGAGCAAGAGAAGCGUCGGAACGAGCGGCGGCUUAUCUGAGGUGGACAAGAAACUCAUAGACGAUUAUCAAAUUCAAGUACGAGAGCUGCGGGAUAAGAUAGACGGCAUGGAGGAUCAGCUAAAGAAGAAAGACGACGAGCUGGCCCAGUUGAUGGACGGCGAGCGAUCUCGCACGACGGCCUCGAAUGUGGAAAAGCAGCAAUGGGACGACUUACGAAUGGGGCUCGAGAACAAGCUGGCCGAGGCGCAGGAUCUCAACGAGUCCUUGCGAGAAGAGCUCGACAGGGUGAGGGACGAUAACGCCAUGGAGACGCGGAAAUUGAGGGAAGAGCUCGAAGAAGCCCAGCAAAGCAUCGGCAAUAGGGGCGUCGGGGGAGAUUCCGAGGUCGCGAAGGAGAACGAGGAACUGCGUAAGGCGCUCCAAGAGCAGCAGCAAGUGACGGAGAGCGUGCGUCUGGAAGCCCGCCAAUUCCUGGAAGAGAUGAAGAUACUCUCGCAGCAGCACAGCCCGUCUUGGGAAAGGCAGGCCGAGCUGGAGAAGACCGUUGAGCGGCUUGAGCAGGAGGUCCGAGAUUGGCGGAACCGCUACGCCCGCACCAAGACUCAGCUCCGCAGCAUGCGCGCCUCGUCGAUGGGACUCGCGAUCGACCAGGACGCCGGCAAGUACGUGCGAGAGAGGGGCUUCACGGAAGAAGACGGUCUGGUCAAGGACGUUCACGUCACCAAGUUCCAGAUCGCCAUCGACGAAUUAUUGCAGAGAGCCCGGACCGACGAGCCGGACAAGGUGAUCGACUCUAUGAAGGCGGUGAUUGUCGGUGUCCGACGCAUCACCAAAGACAUCGACGAAUCUCAGCCGAACGACGGAGAACAGAUCCAGCAGCAGCAAAAACUCAAGAGCCGCGUAUCCGCCACCGCGAACAACUUAAUUACCGCGUCCAAGAACUUCGCCUCCGGAGCCGGUAUUUCCCCCGUCUCUCUGCUCGACGCGGCCGCCUCUCACCUGGUCGCCGCUCUGGUGGAGCUGCUACGGACCGUCAAAAUACGCGCCACGCCCGCCGGCGAGUUGGAGGAUGACGACGACGGCACGGUGACGCCGGUAGACUCGACCGGGUUCUUCUCGAAUCGCACCACCACCACAACGCAGCAGGAGGAAGCGUACAUGAAACCUCAGGAUUCUCCCCUCGUGCCGCCCCCUCCCUUUCAAGGUCUCCGUGCCGGAAUACGCGACAGCGCCAACUCUUCCGCUUAUAGCCCCGUCAGCUCGCCGAGAGAAUCCGGCGAGCGGUAUAACGGCGGCGUGAACGGCAUGACUUUCAUGGGUAUAAAUAAGAACAAUUCCCCUAACGGCCUGGGGCGGCAGGAUGCCAAGAACGAAGACCUCAAGAUAUAUCUCGAAGAUCAGACCGAGAUCAUGGUCCAGACCAUCCAGGGAUUGGUCGGUUCCAUCCGCGGCGACGCGCCUAUCCAGCAGAUCAACGACGAGAUCACGUCGAUCGCCGACGUCGUCGGCAAAGUCGUCGGGCAGACCGAGGCAUACGGCAACGGCAGCGACAUGACGGAUCGGUUAUCGGCCUGCCGUCAACGCUUGCUCGAAGCCGGCGAGCAGGGUAAAGAUCUAGCGGCUCGCGGCCUCGGAGAGAGCGACCGGGAAUGGCGCAUGUGGACACAGACGCUACCGCCCAUCGCUUUCGAGAUCGUGCGCGAGACCAAAGACCUGGUCCAGCGGAUCGACCGUCUGGUCAUGUCGCCGACCGCGGACGAUUUCUCCUAGAAGGGGUGUACGA